CAAUUGCGUUCACUUAGUUCAGUACCCUCGCCAUGUUCCUUGUUAUAGUAAUGUCAUUUUAAAUUUUUUGGAUUUUGUGUGUUAUUCAUAUUAUUUAUAGUUUAAGUUCAAAAACUGGUGCUCAUUAUUAUUUUUCGGUAUUAUUACAAGAGGGGAAGAUCUGUCAUCUAUAGUACAAAAUUUUACGCAUAGCUAAUAGUUUGUAUAAAUUAUGACGAGUGCAUUUUUCCAAAACAUGAAGAUGGGUAGUAAUGCUGUAAAUAAUACUAGCAAUCAAGCCACAACCAAGAUGCUUGGUGUCACUUCUCCUAUUAGUACUGCCAUGCCCAGGCCGGAAGAUAUCCAGAAAACCAAGGAACUGGAAGAAGUGCUGAGGCAAUAUGGUCUUUUUGAAUCUGAUGAAGAAUUGGCUCAUAGAAUGGAAGUUCUUAGUAAAAUAAAUGAAUUGGUCAAGCUAUGGAUACGGGACAUAAGCGUAAAAAAGAACAUGCCACCAAAUGUAGCUGAAACUGUUGGUGGGAAAAUAUACACAUUUGGCUCUUAUAGGUUAGGAGUUCACACUAAAG